CCAGAGAGUGAACUGGUGUCUUUGCAAGAAUUUACAUCAGCAUCGCUCGAGAAAAACCUCUGCUGCACACAGCCGAAGUCAGCCGGGGAGGAGGAUGCACGAGGCACAUCAAGGGAUGGGAAGAGAGACGGGCUUGUGUGGUGGGAAGUGCCUCAGCAGCAUCCACAAGGCACAGUGAUUGAUGUCCACUGUGUACCUCAGCAGUGGGAGCUACACCAGGUUUUCAUCCUCAGUGACCAAAAGCAGCAGACAGCUGCAUCAGGAAACACUGUGAUUCAGGGUGGUUGUGACUGACGGCAGACUUGAAGACUCUCUAAACGGACAGGAAUCAUAAGGUCUGACCCUCCUGCUGAUCACACCAUCACCCUCCCGACCACAAGGCAGCUUUUGACCUCAUUUUCAAGCCGCUGUUUUCUGGCCGUACUUCCUGGCUUUGAAGGAUGGGUGAUGGGCCUGUGACUGAUCUUGCCCGCCUGCUUCAUCCCACCCUUCAAUGGAGCCAACGUGGAACUCCUCCCAGCCACCUCCACAGCUCAUGUCCAACAUGUCUGCCUCGUCUCUGCCCGAGGGCUGGGCUCUGUCCCAGUCGCUAGCCCUGCUGGCCAUGCUGCUCAUGGAUCUGCUGGCUGUGGUGGGUAACGUGGCUGUCAUGGCGGUCAUUGCCAAGGCCCCACAGCUCCACAAGUUUGCCUUCGUCUUCCACCUAUGCGUGGUGGACCUGCUGGCAGCCCUGGUGCUGAUGCCCCUCGGCAUGCUCUCCAGCCGAGCAUUCUUUGGGGAGGCCUUGUGCCGGAGCUACCUCUUUCUCAGCGUGUGCCUGGUUAGCGCUGCCAUCCUCUCUAUCUCCGUCAUCAAUGUGGAGCGUUACUACUACGUCAUACACCCGAUGCGUUACGAAGUAAAGAUGACUGUUGGUCUGGUAGCGUCAGUGCUGGUGGGGAUAUGGGUCAAGGCCCUGGCCAUGUCUGCUCUGCCGCUGCUCGCUUGGUUCCUGCAAGGUGGAAGGGCUCCUCUUCUGGAGAGUAGUGCAGUUGGGGGAGGAGAAGGUGGGGCAGUCCCAUCUCCCCCCACUCAGGGUCACAGGCGCUGCUCCUUACACUGGACAGGAGGAGGGUCGAACCGCUUGGCCUUCAUGGUCCUGUUUACUCUGGUGUAUUUCCUGUGUCCACUACUGGUCAUUCUCGUUGUGUACUGCAAUAUGUUCAAGGUGGCUCGGGUCGCAGCCAUGCACCACGGGCCACUGCCUACCUGGAUGGACACACCUCGUCGCCAGCGGUCUGAAUCCCUCAGCAGCCGUUCCACGAUGGUUACCAGCUCUGGGACGGGCACGGGGACAGGCAGAGCCACUCCACAGCGCCCCUUUGGGGGAGGAAAGGCUGCAGCGGUGUUGGCAGCAGUAGGCGGGCAGUUCCUUUGCUGCUGGCUGCCCUACUUUACUUUCCACCUGUAUUCAGCACUGGCUGCCAGCCCUCCAGCCACAUUAGCCUCUCUAGAGGAAGUGGUCACCUGGAUUGGCUACUUCUGCUUCACCUCUAAUCCUUUCUUCUACGGCUGUCUCAACAGGCAGAUCCGGGAGGAGUUGGGCAAGCAUCUGCCUUGUCUGUUUCGUCGAGCAGGGCUCGAGAUGGAGGACAGACUGCCCAGCCGUGAAGGAUCCAUAGAGGAGAAUUUCCUCCAGUUUCUUCAGGGCACCGGCUGCAACUUGGAUCCACAAAACUCUCACAGCACCUCGAGUCCUAAAGGGGAGGCCUGCUGCCCCGUGUCUCAGUCCCAACCAGUGGAGCCAGCACAGCCCAUCCCCAUUGAUUUUCGUAUCCCUGGACAAAUUGCAGAGGACACUUCAGAGUUUACUGAGAGUGAACAGGUGAAAAAUAACCACAUGUAUACAGACAAUUAAGUUUUUCUUCAUUUCCUGAAAAGUAAUUUUGAUCAUUCAGAUAAAAAAAAAACUGUUUCAGGAAUUAGUUCGGUGAAAACAUGUUCUUCGAAUCAUUGCACUUUGCCUCGUCAGAUUUCAUCCUCCAACAGUCACGAUGAUGAUAUUUAUUACAUGCAGUUGUUUGUGAACAGGGACUUUACUGCUAGAUUUAAAAAAAAAAAAAUCCACACAACCGCUCAGCUCUGUACAGUUAAUGACUCAGUGAAUUAAUAUUGAUGUGACUUGUUGAAGCCUUUUUGAAAAAAAAAAAAGAAGAUGUUAAUCAUGUAUUUGAUUCUACAAAAGUAUCUGAAUAGUUUUCAGAGUUUAAUGUUUUCAGAAUAUUAAAUUAGGGAGCACAUGCUGAAAAACACUGGCUCCCUCUCGAUGACUGACUGUGUUCUUGCGCAGCAAAGCUCUGCUGUCAGCCAAAUUGCCUUUGGUAUUCUGAAAUGAAGAUUAAAUGGUUCCAUACACAAACUGACACUGUAUUUGCAACUGCCAAAUCAAUCAUUUUUUUGAAAAGAGUUUUGUAAAUUACUGCAAGAGAAGUCACGUCAAAGAAGACAGCAAUAAAACACACAAAAUUAGUAUUUAGGGGAUCCACUGAGGGAAAAGCACUACUGUCACUUUUGAUUGGUAGUUGGACUUUCAUCAGCGAGAAUGCCACUCUGAACCCUGAUGCCAAUCCGAUUAUAAACAAGUUGUUUACAGAAAACCAUCUGUUUUUUUUUCUUCUCCUCACUCUUCGGUGCUUGUUUUAAAGGUCCAGUUUGUAGGAUGGGAGGAUCUACUGGCAGAAUAUGAUUUUCAUAAUUAUGUUGUCAUCAUCGUUUAAGCGCAUAAAAGUAAGAAUUACUAAAGAUUUAGCUCUUUAUAUUUCCAGAGGGUAUGGAGGACGGAUGUUGCCCCAAAAAUAUAUCUCUGCUUUAAUACUAUAAUGGAAAUGGGAAUGGGAAAGUAAAUAAAUUGUUAAAUUAAUACAAUGGUAAAUAAAUGCAGAGGCAAAUUAAGACAUGAAUUUCAAAUAAUGUGCUACCAGUUUUAAAUUGUAUAUUUUUGGUGCAUUAAAGGACAUACCAAUUUAUUUAUUUAUCUUAUUUAUAGACAAUAUUUUUUUUAUUCUUCAUUUGGCAGUUUUUCACAUUCCUAGGGGGGAGACGAAGGGUAUUUUGUUUGUUGCAAUCCUCAACCUCACUGCUAGAUGCCACUAUAUUCUACACUGGACAUUUAACACGUUGUUGUUUUUUUUAAUUUCCUAAAAACAAUCCAGAUCUGUUGUGACUCAGUUAAAGUUGACUUAUCUCAUCUGAAGGGGUUGCCCAGCUUUCUGCCAUGUGAUGUGUUUAUCAGUAUAUUUGGACAUAGAUCUUAAAAAUCAGCAUUCUCUUGAUCAGUGCAUUGCAUUCAAAUAUGAUUCUUACAUUUGUUAAAUGUAAAACUAUAUCAUUUCUGAUGUGUGUGUUUAACUCCCUUUUUCUUUUUAUGAGGGAGUUUGAGCACUUGUUAUGAAUUUCCUCUCUAGAAGGCUGAUGUAAUUUGACACGUAUGCAGUAACUGUCUUCUUUGUUGUUGUUUUUUUUUAUUCUGAAGAAGAAUAUGCUUAGAUUUCUUUUCACUCCCCUGCUCAUCAGGUUUUUUUUUUACCUCACAUGCAGGAAAAAAAAAGUUGUACAGUCCUGCUCAGUUCAAGACGAGUGUGACUCCUGCCCGCUUCUGAUGUUGCGAGGAGGCUACAGCAGGUGUGAAUUUUUCAAGAGGUUUUUAUUAGAAGGUGUAGACUUUGCCAAGUUUUUCAGCUUGAGUUUGAUGAUGAGAUAAAGUAGUAUUUUCAAAACAAAGUCUUUCGGGAUAAAUAUCACAAACUAAGGGUGGAAGUGUUUGGUUGAAAUGACAGAUUAUUUCUAAUGUGAAUACAGGGUUUUUAAGAUAUUUCUUUUCCCAAUGGCUGUUUUUGAGUGACGAUGCCAAUCCAAAAUCGAGAGCUGGUUGCGCUUGAUAUUUUCUUUCCAUCACGUCUAAAUAUCCCAAACUGUGAAUGAUGCUGAACAUUUGUGCUAGGAUUUUCACCUGUUCAGAGAUUGUUUUUUAUGCUGUGAUUAAAAUAAAAAGAAUGACUUCCACUGUACUGCAAUGAUACAAAUGUUUAGAAAAAUACAUGGCUAAAGGUUGAGUGCGAGAUACUGUUGUAAUAAAGA